AUGAUGCAGUUUAAAGAGUCUAAGGCAGAACACCUUGUGGUACCAAAACCAGGGUCGCCUUUCAGCGUCAAUUCAGAUUAUUCCAGUACUGUGUUCACGAUAGCUGUCUUUAUUUCGGUUUUGUCCAAGGCACCUAUCCUCUUCUUCAUCACAGUGACAGCCUUCAUUUCUCGUGCCAUUACGGCAGAUGAAGGUAUAGACUGGGGAAAGGCAUCGCUACCGUUAGCAGGGUAUGUACAUAAAGAUGACUACAACAUUUCUGCACAGCAUUCUGCCAUCGCUGGCGAGGUUAACAUACGACAUCGCGGUCUGUCUAUGGACGAGGACACCGUUAUAAGCUAG